AUGAAGGCCUUGUGCGUGGUGGAGGGCAAUCGCAUCGGCGACCAGAGCUGCUACAAAGAGGCGGACUUCUCCCACGCCAAGCGCAAGCAUCGCGACGGCACCUGGAGCUUCUUCGAUUCCAAGGUAAAAGAGGUGGACGAUGAUGGUAAGACGCUGCCUCGAGAGCCUCCUUUUUUGCCUCCUCCACGCACCAGCAAGCCGGUCUUGGUGCUGGAUCUAGAUAACACACUUGUGUCGUGCUUGCUGGAUCACCACGGCUCGGAUCCCGGGGGUAAGGUUUGCUCAUACUUCGUGGCCAAGCGACCCGGAGUGGACGAGUUCUUGCACACCAUGGCCAAGCACUAUGAGAUCGUUCUAUGGACCGGCUCUCGCAAGCGCUAUGCCGACGGGGUUUUGGAGGUUUUGCCCGACGUGUUCUCUCACAGGCUCUACAGGGUGGACAAGAAGCUGGCGAAUUUGGGGAGGGAUUUGCGAAAGGUGGUGAUGGUUGACGACUGCCGGAGAGGGGGCUGCCCUGAGACGGACAAUCUGAUUGUCAUCUCGCACUACGUCCAUGAUGGUCGGCAUGAAGCGUGUAGCAAGCUCAAGGAGGUGGGCGAGAUUCUCGUCAAGAUGUCUUGGGUGGAGGACGUGAGGGAUGAGAUGAGGAAACUGAGGGAGAGCGGGGUGCUGCAGAAGAUUGCUGCUUGCCCUCACGCCUGCAAGGUACGCGGCUAG